AUGGACUUCUUUCAAUCCACCGAGUUCGACGACCAAGUAAAGCGGCUCAUGGACGACCUCCACGUGCCGGGCUUCUCCGCCGCCAUGCUCCACGGCGACAAGACGGCCUCCAAGGCGUACGGGGUCAUCUCCGUCGCCUCGGGCGCGCCCUGCACCGCCGACUCGCUCUUCGACAUCGCCUCCGCGGCCAAGGUCCUGACCGCGCUCUCCGUCGCCCUGCUCGUCGAGGACGAGGGCGCCGUCACCUACGACACGCCCGUCGCCGAGCUCCUCCCCGGAGACUUUGUCCUCUCCGACCCCGAGUACACCAAGAACGUCACCGUUGACGACAUCCUCAGUCACAGGACCGGUCAACCCAGCCAUGAUCAGUCUUACUUUGGCGUCAACGCCGAGCGCCCCGACGACGCCCUCUCCGUCACGCGCAACCUGCGCAACCUGCAGCUCUGCGCGCCCCUCCGCAGCCGCUACAUCUACAACAACAUCAUGUACACGGUCGCCUCGCGUCUCGUCGAGGCCCACGGCGACCGCUCCUCGUUCGCCGACUUCCUCGAAGACCGCAUCUUCGCGCGCCUCGGCAUGACCUCGUCCAGCUUGCAGCCGUCGCGCGGCCGAGCGCGCGGACACGGCGAACGCCUCUCCUCUGGGCACGUCUGGGACGCCGCUGGCGGCCGCCACCGCGAGUUCGCCGCCCUCGAGUGCCCCGAGGGCCAGGGUGCGGGUUCCGUCAUCACCACCGCCGGCGACUACCUGAAGCUCGUCGCCGCGCUUCUCAGCCCGGGAGAGGAACGAGAUGGCGACCCAUCCGUCAUCUCCAAGAAGGUGUACGCCGGCCUCACCCGGAUCCGCUCGGUGCCCAACCCCACGCCGGGCGGCGCGCAGCCGCUGUCGUCGCCGCGCUUCUACUGCGCCGGCCUCAUGGUCGAGUACUACCGCGGGCACGCCAUCUUCGGCCACAACGGCGGCGUGCCCGGCUUCGGCAGCCGCUUCCUCUUCGUGCCGAGCCUGCGCCUCGGUGCCGUGCUUCUCGGCAACGCCCUCGAGGCCGCCGCCGCAGCCGUCCACCUGCAGAAGGCGCUCCUCGACAGCAUCCUAGGGCCGGUGGGCGACGCCGGUGGCGGUCAAGAACAACAGCCCACAGCAGCGGAUCCGGAGCAGGAGCAGGAGGCCAAGAUGAGGGCAGAGGAGCCGCAGCAGAUGCCGCUGACCGCAUAUGCGGGGCACUACUGGAACCCGGGGUACCGCGGCCUCCACGUGCAGGCCCGGGACGGCGACGAUGGCGACGGCGCGCAGCUAUUCAUCGACGCACGCGACCGGUCGUUCGCGUGCACGCUGACGCUCCGCCACGUCGCCGGCCAGACCAGCUACCUCGCCUACGCGACGGCCGCGGACAGCGUCGGUGGCAUGCCCGUGGAUGACGAGGAGCCUCUGCGCGCCGAGUUCUUGUUCGACAACGACCGGGCCGUCAAGUUCGGCCUGCUUCUGGACCCGGACCUGGACCUCAUCUGGUUCGACAGGGUCCAUGCCGAGGCCACCCCGUACGUUUUUGUGUAG